AAUGAAUUGUCAAAGUCAAAAAGUCAAACUGCGAUCAAGACUCCUAACCUAACGUCGGUCGGUCGGCUAUUUACUUUAUUUUCACAUCAAGAAUUGAAUUGAAUUGAAUCAUCAUAAAUUAAUACCUUUUGGUAGCUGAUAUAAAGCUUAUUUUCAGAUCAAUUGUACGUAGAAAUUAAAUUAAAAAGCAUUAAAUACGGUCACAAUUCUUAUUACACAUAAUUAUUUUAUAACUGUUUUUCUAAAUUUUUCUUACAUUGUAUAAAUGGAAUUUAGGGGAUACAUUUCAUUUUGCUUGUUAUUGUUUGUGACUUCUUUUUUUCAUCAAGCAAACAGCUUAGCCUAUGAUGUCCACUGGCUGGGUGGGUCCACCACCAUAGAACGGGAUGGCACUGCCAAACAAACUGUUGACAUCUACUGCUAUUCUGGUGCACCAAAAAGUGUGUUGUCUCUAUGGCAAACAGUUAAGUUUCAUGUCAAGAUAAAAAAUGAUGAAUUCAGGUACUAUAUAGGUACCAACCCUGAGGAAGUAUACAAAGAAUAUACAGAAGAUAGCUAUGGCUGGUCCUCGGUUGUCAACCCAUUUAAUAAAAAGAACCAAAAGACGGUCACUGUUAGUGUGUUUUCACCAUCCUGUAUGGCAAUCAAUACUAAACAGAGGCAUGGUUUUGAUUUGCAAGUUAUCAGAGUAGAUUUAUGGCGAGUUCUCUUAAUGUUCUUCGGCAUUGGACUGAUAUUUGCAUCAGGGGUGCUCAGUGGAAACCCUGUAUUCUUCUACAUAUGUGGGAUAUUGGUGGGAGUGUUUGCUUCAUUCAUGGUUCUUGUCUACUAUGUCAGCAAGCUGUUGCCCAAGAAAACCUUUACAUAUGGCAUUCUGAUCGGCGGAUGGACGGUCGGAGUAUAUCUGCUGCAACAAGUCUGGGAUAACAUUCGCAGUAUAGUGCUUGCUCAUCAGACGUAUACAUUCUGGUACACUAUUGUAGUGAGCUUCAUCAGCUUUCUCGUCUGCUAUCGGAUCGGUCCGCCUAAGAACCAGCGCAGCAAGAAUCUCGUUAUGUGGACUUUGCAAGCGAUUGGAGUACUGAUGAUUUUCUUCAGCAGCGAGUACCAGGAAGCGUCUGCUGCGGUGAUCGUGAGCUCGCUUAUAGCCAAGUACUUUCCGGAAUCGCUGCUCCGCAAAAUUCAAGGAUAUUGGCGACGUAGAUUCCCUCCGAAGAUGCGGCUGCUUACCAGCGAAGAGUACUAUGAACAAGGUGCCAGGGAAACUAAGGUAGCCCUGGAUAACUUGCGGAAGUAUUGCUCCAGCCCAGACUGUGCACAGUGGAACAUAAUGUUGAAGCUCAACGAUUCGCGCAGGUCAGGAACCAAACCUCCCAGGUUUGCGAGUUUUGUGGAAGGAAAUUCCCAUCUGAGUGAUGAAGAGGUUUUAGAUUAUGAGUCAUAUGCGUUUUCUAUGGACAGGAAGAGCAAACCUAGACCUCUUGCCAACUCUACUGGUGACCACCUGGAGAUAUCCGAGGACGAUUCUUCAGACGAAGAGGAGGAUGAAGUCUGACAUGAUAUCAUUGUUUUACAUAAAAUCGCUGUCGAGUGAUAACCAUAUUUUUUAGAGAUAAAAAAGUAUGUAUUUGGCCAGUGAGACUAAAAUACGAGGUUUUCACAUUGUGUGCUUCUUUUAAGGCCAUUGUUCUUUGAUUUAUCUGGCACGCUUUUUUUGGCAUUAAUGGGUAAGUAUAAUAAAGGCUCUAUAUAACGAAAAGUUGUUAAUAGCAACACUGACAAAAAGUAGUAUGACGCUCUUGUAUUAAAAAAUCUUUCAAUUCAACAAAUAAUAUACCAUAAAUCUGCCAGAGAAAUCAAUGAACCAUUGACUUUGAAAGAAUCAUACUCUUAGGGUCGAAUCUCAUCUAUUCUGUCAGCACGCUAUAGCAAGUUAUAGCGCGCGGACGUGUGCUAUCGCACGCUAUCGCCUCGUCCAUUCUGCCACGUAUGAUCUCUUCUCUCGCUCUAGCAAAUGACGGUCCUGAUGAACAGAAAGGAAUAGAAGUAUAAGAAAGUGCGAAGAGGUGCUGACAAAUGUGGUUAGACCCUUAAAGUAACGAAUGUAGUAGUUUAAAGAAAUAAAUGGCAGGCUGGCAGACUUCACGCCAUGUGAGCCACUGCCAAUUGAAAUGCUGCUGAUUAUAAGUAAUUAGAUUUUGGGAAUGAAGGGAGCAAAUGAGACAGCUCAAUUAUACUCAUUUGCAUUUUUGGUAACCAUGUUAGAUAUACUAUUUGUGUGCCUUAACUUCUCGAGUAAGGUACCUAAGUCAAGAUGUGGAUGCCCUCAGCGCUCCAUGUUUUCUAUGAAUUCAUACUAACAAAAUACUAAAAUUAAAACAUUUAUGCUAUAUGCAUAAGUAACUGACUUUACGUUACUUUUAUUGUUAUCGUACAUGUAUUUUUUAAGAUUUUGAAUGAUUAUGAUCUCUUAUUUGUAACGAUUUUAAUUUACUAUUCUUUUACUUUGCACGCCUUAAUAUCGAUAAAACUUAAGUUAGAUUAGGUAUGGCUGGAUUUAUAGUGUUUUCUGCUGUUAUAACUAAGGGUUUGUUUAAAUAUAAAAAAAAAGUACUUACAAUCUCAAAAUUUAGGUAGAGGAUGAAUAUGUGGCAUAUUGAUAUUACGGUGAUUCUAAGUCGAGAAUUAGGGGUGCCCUUUUUUCUUAUUUUUUUGUCUUAUUAUUGGAGUUCAUGUCCUUACACAUUGUCCAUAAAUAACUUGAAUAUUCUAAUAGUGAUUAUGAGAAUAAGACGGUAUUACAAAUAAUAAGAAACAUUUUAUGUCAGCCAAUAUAGACCCCUGAGAAUUAGUGAUAAGUUCUGUGGCAUUUUUGUUACAAACUAGCCCUUAUAAAACUUAGGGAGAAUAAGUGAAUGUAAGAAAGAGAAGGAUCAAUCAAAACGUAUUAUUAUAUCAUUUUCGAUGUUAAUUAUUGAACAAACAAAUAUUAGAUUAAAAUGAAAAACCUACAUACAUAUGCUUUUUGUUCUGUAAUAUAUUCAUUAUGCUGAUAAUAGGAGAGUCUCUAAAGUAAAAAUAUACUUUUUGUUAGUAAACACGUUUAUUCUUAACAUAAAGAUAAAUUGUAUAUUUUUAUAUCAUAGCACCAUUAGGCAUUAAAAAUUGUAAAUAUAUAAGUGCACUUAUAAACAACUUCAGGCAUGACGUAUCUUUUUUAGGCUUUAAACAUUUCCAAAUAACAAUGUUCCUUAGCUCAUGUUCUUCUUGUGUGGAAUUCAUGAAUUAUUUUUUACUUGUGUGGAAUAAAGGCGAUAAUUGAACAAA